CACAUUUCCAUCUUUCCAAUCCUUCUCAACGCCACACAGAAGCUCCCAUUCCAGCGCUCUCAGACAUUUCUCUCACACAAGAGAAUAUCGCGACAAGAACAUAACACUUCGCAGAAACAUCAGCCAUGGCAAACUACCUCGCCUCCAUCUUUGGCACAGAACAAGACAAAGUCAACUGUUCAUUCUACUACAAGAUCGGCGCUUGCAGACACGGCGAUCGCUGCUCGCGCAAGCAUGUCAAGCCAUCAUACUCACAGACCAUCCUGCUCCCCAACCUGUACCAGAAUCCUGCCUAUGACCCCAAAAAUAAGAUGAACGCCUCCCAACUGCAAAACCACUUUGACGCCUUCUACGAAGACUUCUGGUGCGAGAUGUGCAAGUACGGCGAGGUCGAGGAGGUCGUGGUGUGCGACAACAACAAUGACCACCUGAUCGGCAAUGUGUACGCGCGAUUCAAAUAUGAAGACUCGGCGCAGGCGGCCUGCGACGCACUCAACAGCAGAUGGUACGCCGCGCGGCCGAUCUACUGCGAGCUCUCGCCCGUCACGGACUUCCGGGAGGCCUGCUGCCGGUUGAAUUCGGGCGAGGGAUGCGUCAGGGGCGGGUUUUGCAACUUCAUCCACAGAAAAGAACCGAGCCCCGAGCUGGAGCGGGAAUUGGAGCUGAGCACGAAGAAGUGGUUGAAGAUGAGGGGCCGGGAUGAAAGGAGCGUGACGAGAAGUCCCAGUCCAGAGCCAACGAGGAAGAGAUAUUGAGAAGCUCGAAACGCGAGGACUUCCAAAAGACGACCGAGUUUUCCAGCUGUACUUCUUGAUCGGCGCAUGUUGCACCUCCAAUAAAGCUUGUGGAGAUACCAAGCCGUGGAGAAGGAAAGGAUCAUUUCUAAGCCCGCCGCUUCAGCAGGGCUACGCCUGCGCUUGCUUCUGCCCUUCAAAAGAGACCUCCGGCCGGCGACACUUGGACCAGGGACAUAGUGCGCCACACCCUUCCCGAACAUGAGGGAGGGGCUUGGAACGACCACCCCGACCAACACCAGAGCGCGGUCCAAACACGUUUGUUUCCGGCGCGCCUCUGCAGGGACGAAUCAAUUGCUGUCUCAGUGCUAUCCGCAGGCAUGACUGAACCUCUUGUGGUUGCAACAAACUCAGCUAGACGUGUCGGCCAUCCUGAGCAUAUCAGACAAUUAUGCCAGAACCCAGACUUUCGCACCUGGGCACUCUGGAAGGGCAUCAUAAGUCCCGUUCGUUCUCUUUUCGCGAUCCGAUGCAGCAAAUCAAGACAUGUGGGCGAUGACCGUCGACACUGUGUGCCCCCUUGCCGACACGGAGCCAGGCGCUGAUCACACCGACGGAUUCACACGACCACGAUCAACUUUGUCCACAAGCCGAAAAGGCCAUGCUCCCAUCUGUUUUGAGAAGCUUCGACCCAAAUGAAUAUCGUGAUCGUGCAUUUGACCCAUCUUUUGCAGGACGCGCGCGGGGAUCAGUUGACGGGAAGAGAACAAGGGAAGACCGUCGCAUUGGCGAGGCGUUUAAUUGUGUCGGUUACAUAGGACCACACAUCCAUACCAUACCUAUCUAGUUCAGGGCAUGGAUCACAGCAAUCCUGCACCGCACUGCACAAUGCAACAACCAUAGAUCGUCUCUCUCCGUCUUUUCCUAGCAUUCUUCCGCUGUUCUUAAGUCGCUGUAUCCACUUCUUCUGACUGGCAAUCU